GAAAUAUUUGUAUCGGAAGUGCCUAUACAUUGUUGGCACCAUUUUUCCCAAUGGAGGCCAAACAAAAGGGUGCAAAUGAGACAUGGAUUGGCGUAAUAAUAGCCGAGUAUCAAAUUGCAGUAUUUUUUGGUUCAGCAAUUUUAGGCAAAUUUAUACCACCGCUGACACUGAAGUUUAUGAUAGCUAUCGGCCUAUUGAUGGCCAGCAUUUCUAGCGCUAUAUUCGGUGCACUCCAAUGGAUACCAUCGGGAACACCAUUCAUAGCCAUAGCAAUGGCCAGUCGUACUAUUGAAGGGUUAGGUGCGGCCGCUUUUUUUGUCAGCAGUUGGACAACUAUUUGUAUAAAAUUUCCUAAACAUAUAUCAAAAUUAUUUGGCACAAUAGAGAUGUGUUACGGUGUGGGUAUGAUAUUUGGUCCGGUAAUCGGUGGUCUACUUAAUCAAUUGGGUGCAAACAGUGGUAUAGCGUUUUGUUUGCCAUUUUUCGUUAUGGGAUUACUUCUACUAAUCGGUGGACUAUUGAUGAUAAUAUUAUAUCCAAACACAAAUAACAAUUCAUCACUAGAGAGGACCAGUGUUUUCAAUGUUUUAAGCAAUUUUAAUAUAACACUAAAUGUUUUAAUUACUGUCAACUGUUUUAUACUAAUUGGUUUCAAUGAGGCAACACUUAAACUACAUUUGGAAACUAUACAGAAGCUAUCAGCGGUAACUACUGGCGGCAUAUUUGUCAUAUCGGGUGUAUUGUAUGCACUAUCCAAUCAUUUUUGGGCUUAUUUUGCCGAUAAAAUGCCUACAAACUGUCACCCGUUAUGCCUAAUAGGCUGUACCUCAUCGUUGAUAGCCUACAUAAUUGUCGGUCCGAUGCCUUUCUUUCCCAUUGAAUCACAACUGUGGCUUACAAUACUCGCACAGGUAUUCAUAGGCCUGGGAAUGGGCGGUCAGUUUGUCGGCAGUUUUAUACAGGGAUUACGGGAAACAAUUAAAUCUGGUUUUCCCGAUAAUGUUUCCACAUAUUCAGUAGUUUCCGGUUUAUUUUCAUCAGCACUGGCAAUGGGAUCGGCAAUCGGUCCGGGAAUUGGCGGUUAUAUGUUGGGAAAAAUGGGCUAUCGAUGGGCAACCGUACCCAUAGUUGGCCUACAAUUUAUUGUCGGCCAAAAAUUGUUUCCACACGUUAGGGUUGGACACCGACACCGACGCCGACCACUCCUUGUCUAG